AUGAAAUUAUUUUUAUUAAUAUUUCUAUUAAAUUUUGUAUUAAUUAAAGGAUACCUUAGUCAUGGUUUUGGAUCAAUUUAUGAUAAUUAUUUUUAUAAUUAUGAUAUAACAAGAAAUUUUAGAAAUACUGAAGAAAUCAAAAGAAUUUAUGAUACGAUUAAAUCUUUUAAUAUUUCAAAAGAAAGUUUAAAUACUUUAUACGAUAAUUUUUUUAAUUUCAAUGUAAAUUUACUAAGAAAUGAUAUUGUAAAUUUAAUUAGUAAUCACCAACCAAAUGAUGUCGUUAGUAGGAGAAUGAUAGAAAUUUGGGAAAAGUAUCAUCCUCCUUCUACAUUGAUAAAUUCUUUAAAUGACUUACCGGAAGAGAAAAAAAAUCAUAUUUCAAAGUUAUUAAAAAAUAAUGCUUGGAAAGCUAUCGAUAUUAUUAUGUAUGGGCAAAUUUAUAUGAUACCAUCAAAUAAUGACAUGAUUCAAGGAUUAAAUUUUUGGAGGGUGACAAAACGUUUAUUAGAUAAAUGGCUUGGAAAAGGUAAAUUUCAAGGAUGGAUGAGUUGGUAA